AUGGACCAGGAGAGAUCUCAGGAGGAACGGGAGGAGGAGGAGGAGGAGGGGGAAGAAAAAAAGCUGAAGGACGAGGAAGGCGAGGGGGAGGAGAAGAGGAAGAAGGAGAACGAGCCCCUGACAGAGGAGGAGGAGCUGGAGGAGCUGAGGGCCCAGGUGCUACAGCUGUUGCUGGAGCUGGAGGACGCCAGGGAGACCUCCAACAAACACCAGGAGAGCUUCCACGAGCUGCAAGGUCUGUUGGAGGAUGAGCGUCUGGCGAGCGCCCAUCAGGCCGAGGCCUUCACCCGGCAGAUCCAGAAUCUACAAGCCCAGCUGCGCUCUGUGCAGGAGGAGAUGGACAGCCUGGAGGAGGAGAAGGAGAGCGAGCUGGCCGAGGCCCAGGAGGAGCUGCGAGCCGCUCAGGAGGAGGUGCUGCUGCUGCAACAGGCGGCGGAGGAGGCGGCGGCAGAGAGGGAGAACGACAUCGCCUCGCUGCAGGAGGAGCUGUGUCGCCGGCGGGCUGAGCUGCAGCGCCUCAGCGAAGAGACCCAGGAGUACGAGCUGGAGAUCACCACGCUGAGGGCCGAGAUCAGCAUGAAGAGCCAGCGCAGGGAGGCCGAGAGGAGAGAGGGUGAUGUGGACCUGCUGAAGGAGGAGUGUCGUACGCUGAGGGAGGAGUGUCAAACCCUGAAGGAGGACAACAGACGUCUCUCGGAGAGGCUGCAGCUGCUGCAGAGACAGAGGACAUGCUCUAGUGUCUACCUGUCGCUGAAAGAGGAGGAUGGAGUCGAGGGCACGGAGGUGAAGGAGAUGGAGACCGGCUCAGAUGAGGUCAUGACAGAGAGCUACAUGACCAUGGCCCAGUCUGAGAACUGUCGCCUGGUGGACGCCUCCAUCCAGAAGAAUAUCUCGUUUGAUGGGAAGCCGGUGACGCCGACGAGCUGGAACGGAGGCAUCGGGGAGAUCUUCUCCCUGAGAGACCAGCUGAAACAGGCAGAGGAGAAGGCCUCACAGGUUCAGAGGGAGUGUGACGGUCUGAAGUUGGAGCUGCAGGAGCUGCAGAUACUGUACGACAGCAGCCAGAAGGAACGAGCCGAGCUGGAGGAGGAGCUGCAGCGCUGCAAGGCCGAGCUGGAGAAGCUGUCAGGAGGGACUCAGAGAUUCAUCCAUCCGUCUGAGCACCCUGUUCUCUCCAUCCCCUUCAUAGGAAUGAUUGUAAUUGUGGCUGUGGUCUGGUGCUGGUUGUCGGAGCUGGCGUCCCAGAGAGCAAGGGGAGUGAGGUAGGUUGGAACUCCAUUGUGACUAUCACUGCCGCCGCAGCAGUGCUACUAGUGAUGACGAGCUUAUUGAGAGCUCUCAUCCGCUGUUGAUUGGAUGGGUAACAACUGCACAGGGACGGACGUCCGCUUCAGACCAGCCCUCGUUCUCUCCUUCCACGUCUACAGACUGAACUGGAAUGAUCUAAAUGUGAUAGAACUGUGUAGUAGAAAAACCUGUUGGAAGUUUUUUUUAUCUCUAAUGAGAUGGUACUACAUGCACACGGAGACUGAGAAAAAUGUGCUCGGUCUCGCUUGGGACUGAAAACGAAGAUGAGCUGACCUGCAGAUUGCCCACACGAGGACUGAUGUGUCCGCUAAAUGUAUGCUAGUGCUGUGUCAUCCCUCCUCUGUGUCUGUGAAUGUUACUUUUCUCUCCUUUAACAAUGUGACAAAAUGAAGGUCUUGAUUAUUAAUGUGCACCAAAUGGGUUUGACUUUAUUUAAUCAUUAUUUAUUUAUUUGUUGUUUUAUUUUUUUAUUUUUAUUAUUGUUCAUAGGUGUCUCUUAUAAUAAUAAUGAUGAAUUUUCAGCCUGGACACAAUGCACUGAAAGGCCCGAAAUGUACAUAUGUAACACCCUUAAAACAUUAACAGAAAGUGCUUUUAACUAGCCCUCAAAGUACUAAAUGCAAUAAAUGCAAAAUACUGCCAAAGUGGUUUAGAGGUCACAAAAUCAUCAUGAAUUACCAAGUCUAACAGUCUCCCACAAAUAUUAUCCUGCCAGUGUUAUUCUGACCUUCCAUUAGAUAUCGGUUUGUUCCAUUGGCAUGCAGCUGCACGACGCACAGGUAAGGCUAACCGAGCACCUGUCAAUCCAGGCUUAGUGUAUAAUAAGGCAUGUCACCCCUGGUGGGUGGACUCUCUGGAGCUCUUUCCCCUUUAAUUAUCAGUAAACUAACAAGCCAGAAAGCCAGUGCAGUGAGCUUAACUCAUCUUGAAUACUCACACUUUCAAAUCUUGCAGCCCAAGCUGCAUUGUUACACCUGUAGUAGGAUUUUCCUUGUUAUGUACUAGUAAAUAUAUCACAGCAACUUUGGGAGUAAAUCCUGGGAUGAUCGAAACAUGUUGUUAUGUUUUCAUACAUUUCAACUCAAUGUCAGUUUGAUUGUGGAGAAAUAAACGUGUUUUUUCUUUUUCAAUCGGCUUGGUUUUUCCAAGUGUAUUGUUAGUAACUUUUGUGGUGAUGGCGGAUUACUGAAGGUACAAAGUGUGAGAAGGUCGAUUGUCAGCUGGCAGCGUAUCUGAUAAACACCAGUUGACAUUCGGUUGCAGAUGGAUUAAACCAUUAAUGCAGUAAAGUUUGUGAGGCCAAUAUAUACACUGAUAUGGGUCCAAACUAUGUAAAUAGGAAGCUGUGAGAAAGAUUUAGUCUAAGCAUCAGUUCUGAAAAUCCUACGUAUGUGUUGAAGGAUUCUGUUUGUGAAUUUUUUUUUUUGUGUGGAAAACUUUUAGAACUGAAACAAGCAUGCUAGAAAAACAUAUAGAAGCACAAUAUAUGAUUUAUGUUUGUUAUGUGGAUACUGUUACUUUGUAUUUCAUGUAAAUAGAUGUGACAUACAGUACUAUGGGAGAGAUAUUUCUUAAAUCCAUUUGUACUAGCUUUGUAGAAAGGUUUAUUCUAUUUUGAAAGAGCAUCGUAUAUUUGAUAGCCAAAUUAUAUGCUAUGUAAAUGUUUAUUUAUGGUGACGUUAUUCAGAAGAAUGGCUGGCACUGCUGGCCAUUUUCAGUACCUCUAUGUUUAAAGGCGGUGUCGUCAUUGCAUGUGUUUAGAUUGCAGUUGACCUUAGUUGCCAGAAAACCUAAUUCGACUUCUGGUUUUUUAAGUCUGUUAUAUUUCAGAAAUAUGUUUAAAUCUUUUCUGAAACGUCCAAACGCAGAACCUUGUUGAGCGAUGCCUGACCAUUGUUAUCUCUACGUAUGAACAUAGAUUAAGUAAAUAAUGUGCCAUUGGACUGCAAAUGUUGUCACUAUUUGAUCAUUUUGCAAUAGAAAUCGAAUUCCAUUAACUGAAUACUGUCAGAUUCUUAUUUAUCAUUAUUUCUGAGCUUAUUUCACGAAUUAGCCGUCAUAGUUUCAGAGGCUUCAAAGUGUUUCUCAGCUUGUUGCUUUACAUGUGGAUAGCAUUGUUGUUUUCAAUAUAGCUGUGGCUAUUUUGUUACCUGGAGGUCUAUUUUGCACUGUAAAUGACUUGAGAAAAUAAAUAUUCCCGACCCACA